GUUACAAAAGACAAUACCAACAAUGUCAGAACAUCUUAAGCUUAGGUGUAUUUCUUUAAUAUUAUCAUGUGAUCUGACAUCUGUCUUUGUAAAUUUUAGACUUACUAGAAUAAAGUAGCUUACUUUGAGAUUCAUAGUUUUAUGUUUUCUAAAAGCUGUCACACUCAAUUCCAUCCUAUCAAGUAACUGGAUAAGCAGCACCCAAAAAGCUGUUCUGAAGAAGCAGGCUCAGAGCAAAGGCCCUUUUCAUGUGUCAUUACUGAAUGAAUAUCUCCUCCAGAUUUCCUCAGUACUGUAGAAGUUUUCCCGUAGAAGAUGUCAAGUUUCUGCUUACAAUCACUUAUGAACCUGUGACCAAAGAACCUGAAUAAUAUUUGGGUCGCACUUGCCAAACUGGUUGCUUGUGCUUAUUUUUGUACUAAAAGUCGUAACUGGUUGUUCUCAUUAGGUAGUUGAUUGUUUGUAUCUUUAAAAGCUCAGAAUGUCUGUUUAUCUUACAGCAACUUGACAUUGCAAGUAUUUGAAUAUACGCUAAAACUGUUUUUACAGCCAAGUAACAAAAUUGCUGCCAGUGUGGAACAUAGAUCGCCCAGCGUCAGUGCAGCAUGACAGGGCAUGCAUUAUUUUUCAGCCCAUCUGAUUUGACCACAGGGCCAAACUUGCCCCUGAAAUUAUAAGUUCCUUUCUGGAAUCGUGUAGUAUGUAGAAUGGAAUAGAAUAUUUUAGUUGGAAGGGACCUGCAACGAUCAUCUAGUCCUACUGCCUGACCACUUCAGGGCUGACCGAAAGUUAAAGCAUGUUGUCAGGGGCAUUGUCCCACGCGCCUCUUAAACACUGACAGGCCUGGUGCAUCAACCACCUCUCUAGAAGGCCUGUUCCAGGUUCUUGGUGGGAAUCAAACCUAAACCUCCCCUGAAUAUAUUUCACAUAAUGUUGAGAGAUUUGAUGAGUGCAAGAGUGUCAGGCAGGCUCCACACAGCAAGAUAUGAGCGGGGAUAGUGACGUUGCUGAUCCAGUGGACGGACUGAAGUACACAUAAACACAUUUUCUAUUAUGUAUAUUCAUUGUUCAUGUUCUUCUGUCUGCACUAAAGGCUUUUGUUUGUUUUCUUCCAAAGCAAGAUGGAAAGUUACCUUUUGUUCCAGGUGAAGAGGAGUUUAUUAUGGGAGUUUCCAAAUACGGCAUUAAAGUUUCAACGUCUGAUCAGUAUGAUGUGUUACAUAGGCAUGCUCUCUAUUUAAUUGUACGGAUGGUCUGCUAUGAUGAUGGUCUGGGAGCAGGAAAAAGUUUACUGGCUUUGAAGACAACAGAUGCAGCCUCUGAAGAAUGCAGCCUCUGGGUAUAUCAGUGCAAUAGUUUGGAACAAGCACAAGCCAUUUGCAAAGUGUUAUCUACAGCCUUUGAUUCAGUUUUAAUGUCGGAGAAGUCCUGAUUUUCUCCAGCAGCACAUGACUUGUGUAGUACAAGAGGCCUUUGUGUGGGGAGGAAAUGGGGCUCCUUUGUGACACCACAGACUGCCUGUAGCUUACACAAACCUAGAAAAGACUUGCUGUGCAAAACAGAGCCAUGCAACCUUGCACAUGGUACUUUGUCAUUCCCCAAACAUGACUGGAAGAAAUUAUUCCAUCUCCAGUUUCCAGGACAAUACAGAAUUUUAUAUUUAACAUGAUUUUUUUUUCCUAAAUCAUAUUUUGUAUAUUAAUGUCCAUAUUGUAGAAAUGUAAAAUAAAACUGACACUUGCUUCUAUCUCUUUGUCUAAAAAAGAGUUCGUUAAAACUGACUUCAGUUCUGCUUAACCUUCAUACUAGAACAAAACAAGAGCAAAAUGAUAACAGGUAGUCAUUUGAUGCUUUACACCUCUAAUUUAAUCUUAGGCGUGCCAUCCACACAGCUUCUAUGUUCAACUAAAAAUCCACAAGAUGUACAGGUUUUUUGUUCAAGUGCUACUUGUUUGUAUUUCUCAUUUUACAUAUUGUAAAGAAGAAUAUUGCCUAAGCAGUGCAGAGUAACAGAAGAGAAGUAGCCAACGUGAUUUUAAAAGUAGUUUUAUUUUUCCAGACAUUUGACUGGUUAACAAGAGUAAAAUUUAUUAAUCAUGCUCUAAUUAUAAAUCACUGCAUCCAGGACAUUGAAAAUAAGAGUUGAUUUUAGGUUAUACAAUAUAUACAGUUGCUCUGCAACUAAACAAAAUAAAACCAACUGAAUUGAAUAUUA